AUGGCCAGCGGGGCCCCCGACUCCUCCCUUCGGGACGCCUGGAGGGUCCUCGUGGUGCUGCAGCCCUCUGCAGCGACCCCGCCCUCCUUCGCGGCUCUCUUUUGCCUGGCCCUUUGCCGCCGCUUCUCCUCGCUGCCGCUCUCCAGUUUGCUGCUGCGCCCCGGGGACCCCUGCGCCGCGCCCUUCCUCAGCAGCAGCAGCAGCAGCAGCAGCAGCAGCAGCAGCAGCAGCAGCAGCAGCAGCAGCGGCGGGGGGCCCCCCAGCGGCCACUUGACCUUCUCCUUCGUCACCCCACAGUACCCCAACAGCCCCUGGGCGGAUCUUCACUUCCACAAACAAGUCUUGGGGGCCCUCGCCCUCCACAUCCCCUGGGGUGUACGUACACCCCAAACAGCUGCACAUACACCCCAAGCAGCUGCACAGACACCCCAGCCAGGUGUACAUACACCCCAAGUAGCUGCACAGACACCCCAGCCAGGUGUACAGACACCCCAGCGAGGUGUACAGACACCGCAGGGAGCUGCAGAUACACCCCAAGGAGCUGCGGAGACACCUGAGGAGGAGGCGAGAAAAGUUGCUGCUGCUUUUUCGCGCGCCAUUUCGCAGCAGUACCCCACAGUCCUCGUUAAAAGGGCCUUUUGCGUGCUGCCAGCAGCAGCAGCAGCAGCAGCAGCAGCAGCAGAGCCAGCAGCAGCAGCAGGGCCGGCGGAGCCUGCAGCAGCAGCAGACGCAGCAGCAGAGCCAGCAGCAGCAGCAGCAGCAGCAGCAGCAGCAGAGGGCGAGGAAGCAGUCUUUCUGUCCUCCGAUUUAUGGAGCCUGUUGGCUUCCUCAGCUGGGGGGCCCCCCGGGGGCCCCCCGGGGCCCCUGGGGGUGCCUCUGGGGGCCCCCGGGGGCCCCCGGGAUGCCAUUUUGGCGGAGAUUGAAAAGGCCCUGGAGGGCCCCAUGAGGGCCUUUGGGGCCCUUCUGCUGCAGCAGCUGGGGGCCCUCGUGCUGCAGCCAGUGGAGAAGUGGGGGCUGCUGCUGACUCCUUUGGACGGGGCCCCCUUGCCUCCAGCAGAGCCGGGCUCUGCAGCAGCAGCAGCAGCAGCAGCAGCAGCAGCAGCAGGCGGGGGGCCCCUGCCCCCAGGGGUGGGGCCCCUCGCGGGGGCCCCCAGCAUCCCAGGGGUACCCUCUGGUGCUGCUGCUUUGCUGCGGCUGCUGCCUUCGCGGCUGCAGAAGCGAAAGGCCGAUUUGCUGCUGCUGGGGGGGGCCCCCGCAGCAGCAGCACAGCUGUACCUUGCUGCAGCAGAAGCAGCAAGGGCCCACGGAGACACAAUCUGGCAAGCAGCAGCAGUUGAGGGCCAAGCUGCUGCAGUUUAUGCCCACCUGCAGCCGCUGCUGGGGGCCCCCCUGGGUUCGGGGGGCCCCCCGCAGCUGCUGGGGGCCCCUGGCGGCCUGCGGGGGGAGUCGGCGGAAGCAGCAGCAGCAGCUCCCGCUGCAGCAGCAGCAGCAGCCGCCGUCGCGCCUGCAGCAGCAGCAGCGGGAGCAGCAGCAGCAGCGGGGGCAGCAGCAGGAGACGGCGGCGAGAAGGAGGGCCCGCUGCAGCGCAGCAACUCCCUGCCUGCUGCUGCUGCUGCUGCUGCUGCUGCUGCUGCUGCUGCUGAGCAGGGGCCCCCAAACAAAGUGCUGCUGAACCCUUUUCCCCCCAGCAUUGAGGCCAUUCUGCAGCAGUACCAGCAGCGGCGCUCGGGGGGGCCCCCCUCGGGGGCCCCCCCUGGGGGCCCCCCGGGGGGCCCCCCCAGCGGGGAAGCAGCAGCGGGCAGGGGUUUGCCGCUGCUGCAGCCGCUGGGGGCCGGGGGGGGCCCCUUUGGGGGCCCCUUUGGGGGCCCCUUUGGGGGGCCCCUGCGAGGCCACGGCAGCGAGAAGGAGACAGAGAGAAGGGCCCUGGCUGAGCAAGUAGAGGCCGCGCUGAGCUGCGUGCAGCGGAAGCUGCGGGAGGCAGCGCACAGCUACCAGGGCCACCCCGGGGCCUUCAGCUUGCAUGCGUUUUGUCUUUGUCUUUUGUCGCGUUUGCUGUUCGAAGCUGGCUGGCAGCUGGAGGCGCUGCAGUGUGCUGCAGCAGCAGCAGAAAAGGCCAAAAGGCUGCCGCUGCUGGCCUUCGUGGGGCUGCUGGGGGCCCUGGGGGCCCUUUGCUGCUGCCAGGGGGCCCCCCGCAAAGGCAGCUUUUUGCUGCACAGGGUUUGCUUGGCUUUGAUGGAGGCCCGCUGCUUCCGGGGGGCCCACCAUGCUGCUGCUCUUGCUGCUGCUGCUUACCACUUGGGGGCUUUGCGGCUGGCCCCUGCGGACUUGCUGCACCCCGCGGCCCGCCCGCAGCAGCAGCAGCAGCAGCAGCAGCAGCAGCAGCAGCACAGACGCGCCGCCCGGGACCUCCCGGGCUUCGCCCGGGCCCACACCCCCGCCGGCUUCGGGGGGGCCCCCGGGGGCCCCCCGCUCGCCAGCGAGACCCCCUACUGCCCCCUGUACUUCCGAAAAUCCCUGCUGCAGCACUGCAGCAGCAGCAGCAGCAGCAGCAGCAGCAAGGCGGGGGGCCCCUUCGCCACGGCCCUCUGGCAGCUCGUCUGCGACCUCCAGGCGCAGGGGGCCCCCGGAGACCCCCUGGGCAGCUGCGGGGCAGUACCCUGGGGGCCCCAGUUCUGGGGCCUCAGCAGCAGCAGCAGCAGCAGCAGCAGCAGCAGCAGCGGGCUGAGCGCGUUCCUGCAGCAGCAGCAGCAGCGGCUGCAGUUCUACAGCAACAGCUGCCGCGUGGCCUGGCCCGCGCUGCAGUCCCGAGUGCUGCAUGUCUUGAAGGCCUCAGCAGAGCAGCAAGGAGACAGCAGCAGCUUGGCUUGGUAUUCUUUUGCUGCUUUGCUGCUGCUGCACCCCGUCAUGGACCCCAAGGCCCAGGCCGCAGCAGUCAUGGUUCUCCAGGCUUUAGGGUUUGGGGUUUAG